UUCUGCUCCAGCACCAGAGAUGGAGGAGACGCCGCCGCCUGCCCGCGACGGCUUCCUGCAGAACACGCGCUACAUCUCGCCGAUCGAGCGCAGCGAUUCGCCGUCGCACCUCAUGGUUAGCAGUGGCUUGGUCGACAGCAGCCGGGGCACGGUCCAGGAGUCUGGCAUCGAGAUCACGCUGACGCCAUCGCCAGCGAGCUUCACCAGCGGCUCGAAGCGCCCGCGGUCCAGCAUCGAGAACGCCGCCAUGAGCCGUAUCGACAUUCUCACGCAGGAGCUUGAAGCGGCGCGCAUUGCCCAGGAGCAAACGCACAGCAAACACGAGCUUGCGAUGGCCGCCAAGGACAGCGAGAUCGCCAAGCUCAAGCGCCAGCUCAAGAUGACCAUGGACGAAGAAGAAAAGAUGCGCAGCAAGGUCGAUAUCCUCAACGAAGAAAGCACGGACCUUCAGCGAGCGUACCAAGAGCUGCGUGCGGACUUGGAGCAGCAGCUGCGGACGGCCACGGACGAGAUCGUCGUGUGCAAGGAGCGCAUCGAGGAGCUCGAGACAGAGCGGAACCACACAGCGCACGAAGCCAACACGAUCAUUGAGAAUCUGCGCGACGAGCUGGACGAAGCCAACAGCAAGCUCGACAACGAAGACGACAGCGCCGAAGACGACGACGAGCACGACGCAUCGUCGUCAUCGCCGGCCAUGGCGUCCGAAAUCCGCCUUUUGCAGAUGCAACUCGACGAGCAAACGAUCCUGGCUUCGAAUGCGCAAAAGGCACUCGAAGAGGCCCAGCAGACGCUCCACGACGCGGCCGAGCUCCGAGCGCUGCGCCAAAAGGUCGCCGACCUCGAGAAGGCCAGCAAGCGCGACCGGGACGAGAUGCAAGUGCUGCGCGUACAUGCCAAGAACCAAGAAGUCUUGACCGAGCAGCUCACGACACUACAGCGUUUGUUGGACGCGAGCGAGCAGCGCGCGUCGGAGAAGACCGAGAUUCAUGUGGCGUACGAAGCACUCCUCGAGAACGAGCGCGAGUGGAAGGAGCUCUUCGAGCCGCUCCUCACCGACCCAACGAACGGUCUUGAUCCGCACCUCGUCGAGACGCACCCAACCAAGGCCGUGAGUGAGCUCUUCGUUGCACGCCAAAGCGACUUUGAGGCCCUCUUGCUCCAGCGCGGCCAACUGGAGCUCCAAAUGACCAAGCUCAGCAGCCGCUUGGAGGCCGCGACAAACGAAGCGCUGACAUGGGAAGCCAAGCACGCGCAGCUCGAGGCCGAGCUCACGGACGCCAAGUACCAUGUACGCGAGAUGGACAAGGAGACGCGUGUGUGCACCCGCAUGCGCGAAACAAACCUCGACCUGACGUCGCUCCUCAGCUCGUACGAGGCCGGCGAGACGACCGAGGCGCGGCAGCUCGUGCAGCAGCUCAAGGAGGCCCUUGCGCGCUCGGAGUCGGUCAACGCGGAGCUGCAGCAGGCGCAGCGCACGAUGGCGUCGCCGGCGCUCAUGGAAAAGCAGCAGGGCCGCAUCACCGCGCUCGAGCGGUCCAUCAGCGACGAAAAGGCCGAGAACCUUCGCCUCGCCAAAGCGAUCGUCAAGCUCGAGACGGACCUUGCGCUCUUUGAGAAGCGUCUCGGUCGCGGAGAAUUCAACCCGCGCACAACCAAGGUCGUCCACAUGAUGCUGAACCCGACGUCGCACCAUGCGCUGGCGCCCGAGCCAGCCGACAUUGUGGCGCUUCGCGAGGAGAACGAGCGGCUCAAGGAGACGCUGCAGCAAGCGACGCACCAGACGCCGCGCGCCAAGCCGCCGACGAGCGCCGCCAGCAUCACAACGCCGCACGAGACGGUCGAGGGCCUGCGUAUGCUGAACCAGCGCCUCAAGGAGGUGUUUCGGGACCAAAUCAACAAGUACCGCGAUGCGGUGUACCGCGUGACAGGCUACAAGAUCGACCUCAAGAAGAACGAGCUCUCGCUCCGGUCCAUGUACGCCGAGAACGAGGCCGAUGAGAUCAAGUUUCGGCUCGUCGACGACGAAAACAUGGCGCUGCUCGAAACCGACUUCUGCGCGUCGCUCGAUCCCAAGUACCUCGGGUACCUCAGCCACUGCAACUCGCCGCCCGCGUUUGUGAGCACCGUCACGCUCAACCUCUUUGAGAAGCAGACGUUCCAGCCCAAGUAGGAGCUCUCUAACCCACCACAAUAUUGUCUGUGUGCUUGCCGACA